AAUUUUAGUAAUUGUAGAUUGUACUUCAUGGUCAUUUUAACGUAGCAUACAUGUGUGGGGAGGGGCGGCAUCACGUUUUUGUUUAUCUUGCAAGUACUUGCUGUCUGGAACAAAUGUAAAUAAGCAAAGCUGUUGUCAAUGUAUUGGUGAUUUGCUAGUGAAGUGAGGUUCUACGCGUUUGUUAAGGGAGGGGGAAUACGUAUAGCAGAAAUACCAACCCCUAUGAUUAAUGUUGACAUGAGCUCAAGACACCAAGUUCUCACCUAACAAAUGGGCCUUCAGGGGAUAAACCUGUGUUUAUGAGUCACGGUGAGGGGCGGUCAUCCUUUGGUGCACCUUGCCAUUAUCUGCUGAAAGGUUUGAUCCCCAUAGGCCCAAUCAGUCGAUCCCAACACAGACGAGAGUGCAAGCUGGGAUCUAUCAAGGUUUACAGUGUUAGUUCUCUCUUGGGCUUUGAAGUAGACAGAUGUGUGUUUACCUUAAAGCUGCAAUAGGUAUAAUUUCAAAAUAAAUUCAAAAUAUGAGAAACAGCGCCCCCAGUACAUGUCUGAACUUAUGUGCUUUCCUCCAGCCCAAGUUUGAUUGACAGUGGUUUCACAAAAUAAGCCAAGGAGGAAAGCUUGCCUCGCUGAAGGCGCUGAUGAACUAUGCUGGGAGCAGGAACUCUGUGGAACACGGUCUUCCUCUCUUGGAGGUCUACUGUCUGUCCAUCAACUGUUUUGCUGCUGCCAGACCCCACCUCACAGCAGACUCUGAUAAUGUGGCCCUUGUUCUGAAAAGACUGGCACUGAGCUGCUUUGAACUGCUUCUAUCUGUGCCUGAAAAUGAAAUCCCCUAUGAGGCUUGGGUACAAUUCCACCACUCUGUUCAGAUGGCUCAUGAUGCCUUGCUAGAGUAUGGAAGCACAGACCUCCAGGCCUUACUUCAGAUCACUGGAGAAGGGGGAGCCUGGAGCAACCCGGUCCUCAAUGCCCUGCUCACUGGUCAGCACACAAGCACAGAGGAAGUGGAUGCCUACAUCGCCUUAGAGGGGGAGGGCUUCAUGGAGAUGCGUGUGAAACACCUUGAGAAGAUGGGGGAGAUAGCCAAAGCAGUAGUUCUGGCCAAAGCCUGUACUGAAUGCAGCCAAAUAUCCAACGAAGUCACCUUCAGACAGACCUACGUCUCCCUCCUCUGCCACCUGCUGCCCAAUGCUGAGGCCAUCGCGGAGAUUUCCAGGCUGAACUGUAAGGAUGUUCUGGAAAUUACCUGUAAUCUGGAGACUGAAGGGGAAGAGAAUACAGCCUUUAUCCUGUGUACCACCUUCCUGACUCAACAGCUUCAGCAGCAAAACUUGUAUUGUUCCUGGGAGCUGACACUGUUGUGGAGUAAGCUUCAGAGGAGGAUUGAUCCGUCUCUGGAGUCUUUGUUGGAGCGCUGCCUGCAGCUAGGGGCCAUUGCCAAGACAGUAUGCCAUCUGCUCUUCCUUGUGAGAAUUAUACAGACAGAGGCUGAGCAACUGGGCCUGGCUUCUUCUGUGGAGCUCUGUGUGAAAGCUCUCCAGCUUCCCAAGCAGGAUGAAGACUCUGAGACAAGGAUAUCUAUCUGCAAGACUGUGUCCUCCCUGCUGCUGGAUGACCUGGAGGUGCUUCGUGCCUGCCAGCUCACCGAGUUCCUCCUGAGCCCUUCUCAGACGGCCUUUAGCCUCCUUCAGGAGCUCCACUUGCGUCCAGACCAGAAAUACGACCAGGAGAACGGAGUCAUUCCCAACUCCCUGCGCUGUGAACUGUUGCUAGCACUUAAGGCCCACUGGCCCUUUGACCCUGAGUUCUGGGACUGGAAUAUGCUUAGACAUCACUGUAUUACUCUGCUCGGGCUUGAUCCAGAAGAAGAUGUGGAGGAGGGUGGGCAGGAGCGGGGUAAUUUGGGGCAGGAGGGGGGUAGUUCUGGGCAGGAUGGGGGUAGUUCGGGGCAGGAGGUUAAAGAAGAGGAAAGGGGAAACCCUGAUCAUACGAGGAAGUUAUGCAAUGGACUAAAUGACAGUGCUGUUAGUCAGGAGGAGGAUCAGACAGACAAAAAAUCCAAAAACAAAUCAGAGAAGGGGAAGUGUAAGAAAUACAAGUUCACCUGUAAGAUCUGUGAUAAGUCAGUGACUGAAACCCGACUCCUCCACCACUCUAAGAGGCAUGUAAACAACAAUGUUUACACCUGUCCCAUCUGUCUCGAGACCUUUUCCAGUAGAAAGGACUUUAUCCCACACACAAAAGUACAUCUCAGAGCACCGGCCAAGAAAAAGAAGAAUAAAAAGAAGAAGAUCGAAAUUGAGAAGCUGAUGGAUGACGAUGACGAUGAUGAUGAUUCCGACGGCAUGGAGCCUGGUGAGAUUGCUGUGGACCCCUCCCUCAUACUGUACUAUCAGUCUACACGUGAUCCUGUGGUUCUGGAUCACAUUCUGGAACAAGCCAAAACCAUCAAGCCUGUUGAUGAGGAGCACGUCACGUUCAACUACAUCAACAUCCACUUUGAGCUUCAGAACCGGGAUAUAUACACGUGUCCCGGAACUCACUGCACAAAGACUUUUAAACAUUCAAAGUAUUUGGGUGUUCAUUUGAAAUCCGAGCACAUUGGGGAUGAGAAUGUGAAGCACUUCUUUGAGAUGAAAAACCGCAGGGUGAAGUGUUCUUUCUGCCGACGUCACUUCAUGUCUGCCUACCACUACCGCAAGCAUCGACGUGUGCAUGCCACUGACCAGCCCUUCUUGUGCAUGGUCACUGGCUGCAACGCUCGAUUCGAAACAUCCAACGAGUUGGUCUCACACAAACAGAGCCACGGCUUCCAACUCAGCUACCAGUGUGAAUUAAAAGGAUGCUCACUUACUUUCUGUGACUUGGGCCAGUUAUACCACCACGAGGCACAGCAUUUCUGUGACGCUGCCUACAGCUGCAUCCAACCUGACUGUAAGAAAUACUACUUAUCUAAAAAGGAGUUCAUCAAACACUUGGCGACACACAGCAUCACCUUAUCAGAGGAGGAGUUUGAGGCUCAGAGGAAAGCAAAAGGGAAACUUCUGGAACCCGUUAUAGAGGAGGUAGCCAGCCCCAAGAAGUCUAACCAUAUAAAAUCAGAACAAGAGGAGAUGGUUAAUGGUGACAAUGUUGCCCCUUCCUCAUCGACCAGUAGUGCCUCAACGUCUAAGGAGCCCAAGGGAACUGUGGCAUCUGUUGCUGUAUGCUUUGAUGGGAAAAGGUUCACCUGUGGCUUUGAGAGAUGUGGAAUGUCUUUUACAAGAGCCAGAGAUGUACAGAGACACCUGAAAGCUGCUCAUCCAGAACAUCUGAAGUCUGAAAACAAGGAGCACAAGAAACAUGACAAAGAGAAGGGUGGUUCAAAGACUAAAAGCCUAAACGUCAAACCAGAGCAGAGCACCCAGGAAACUGGUAGAAAUGAAUUAUCGACCUCACAACAAACUAAAGGGACCAGCCAAGACAGUACAUCCCCCUCCCAGGUUACCCACAAUGCAACAACCCUUUCAAACCCCAAUGUCUCUGGAGACCCGCUUGAAGAAAUUAUGAUUGGUCUAAGCCAACUGAGCCUGAAUCCCUCCAGCCUUAAAAGUUGGUCUUGUGAACCACCCCACUUAACCUCAGUGCCCACUCAACUGUCCCUUGACCAGGCUCUUAUGAUCAAGUCACCAUUUGUAUUAUUGCAGAAGGAAGUUCAGCCGUUAUUAGGCGAGAGAGUGAAAGUCACUACAAAGACUGAGCCAUCAGAGCUGCCUUCAGGCUCAGACAGCAGGAGUCCCUUCCUGCUGCAAUCCUGUACUAAACCCUAUACCUGUGAAAUCAAAGGCUGCAGCUUCCGAAGUGUGACUAGCUACACCUUGUUCCGACACUACAUGGCCAAGCAUAACAUUGUCAAAGAAAAGGCUAAAGGUAUGCUCAAAUCAUUGAAAUUCAAGCCAUUUGUAUGCCAUAUUUGCUCCAGGAGCUUCAGGGAAAAAUCUGAUUUGAGGACGCAUUAUGUUCGUGUUCAUAAACUCAGUGAUGCAGUGUUGGAGGAAAUGAGAUAUUUGUUUAAGAAGCGCGAGGAGAUGAAGGCUUCUGAGAACACUGCAAAAGGCAAGACCUCCCUGAAACAAAUAAGUGAGUCGUUAAAAAAAGACACCCUCAAAAUGGGAAAGAAGGAGAUGCCUACCUGGCAGCAAAGGUACCAGAAAACAAAAGCUGGCAUGUUGAGGAGAGAAAAUGGACAUGGUAAGUCUGGAGACAAAAAAUUUAAAAUUAGCCAGACUGCAUCUUCUGCACCUGAUACAUGUGUGAAAGAAGAGGAAGGGGAGGAGAUUGAGGAAAGAUCAAACAAUGAACGCUUGGUAGCCAAACGUAAUCUGUGUUAUAUUCUGACUAAAUACAACAAAAGUUUCCACUGUAAGAAUAAAGAUUGUAAAGCAACCUUCACCAGCCAGGUUGGGCUUUUGCAUCAUCUAGAAGCAGUACAUCGUUACAAUCAUUCUCAACUUUCUCUGGAAAAAGACCUGAUGCGACAUAAAAAUUCUGAUGUUAGGAAGGGGAAACCGCGGAUGCAGCCCAGUCCACCUUCAGAUGACCCAGAGCCGAGGUUUAGGUGUACAUUUAAGAACUGUAACGCUUCGUAUCACCUCAAAAGCAGUUUGUUACGUCACACAAACCGUGACCAUCGUGACUCCCAUAUUCAAUCAAGCCAGCUCAUACACUGCAAGUAUGACGGUUGUACAAGCGUCUUCACCCAUGCCUCUAACCUCAACAAACACAUGCUGUUCACACACUGCAAUUUCUACGACUCCGUAGUAGUGCGUCUUCAGAGUACUCACAAAAAGGACAAGUCAGUAAGCGGUUGCCAAAAGAAGCUAAUAAUCACAUCAUCAAAGCCCCAGAUUGACACUCCAGUAUCGCCCCCACACAGACAAUCUCUGAGGCGCAAUAGCAAGUCUGAGGAUGACCCUGAUUCUCCAACGGAUACUGGUGAGGAAGAGGAAUCUCAAGAUAUCAAGACGACGGCGAACAAUAAAAAGCAAUUCCAAAAGUUUGACAGAUUUGAAGAUAUGGACUUCCGCUCCCAUGAGGAGGCCUUGCAGAUGUGCCAAGACCGCUGUAUGCGCGUAGCCUAUCCAUGUAUGGUCCAAGGCUGUGACUCGGUCGUCAAAAUAAUGAGCAGCAUGCGCCGUCACUACCUGACGUGCCACACCAUGACAUUAUCCGCUUUUGUCACUCAUCAAGAUAAGCUCUUGUUUACGGCAGAGCAGCUGGAGGAGCUGAUACAGAAGAAGUCAGCGCUGUCUUCCCAACCAGACGGAAUACGGACACCAAAUGGUGUUCUCAAGAUGGAGUACCAGUCAGAACCAGAGAACCCUGGGGGUCCGUCCGUACCCAUGAGCCUCCACUCGAUCAAAAUGGAAAGGCUGGAUGACCAUGAUCCACUGGGGUUCGCUGAAAAAAACCCUGCGGAGGGGAAUGUCCUUGUUGGAGCUGAUGACCUUCUGUACGGAGAGCCCAGUGGGCACACAGAGGACGCUGCGACUCAGAAUGGCCAUGCACAAGACGUGAGAUCAAGGCAGCAGGCCUUCAACCCCCCUCCUCCCCCGGCAGAUCUUUCACCACCAUCCACAUUGAGAUUCUCUAUUGAUGAAGGCUUUCUGGAAACGUCUGGCCACAAACCCACCAACAAUAUCUCUGUGCCCUUGAUUGCCCCGCCUGCCCGCCAACCGCUGAAGCGGAAGAACGAGCUCUCCGAGCACUUUCCUUCCCAUAAAGAGCCUCAGCCUCUCUGCCCUACUCCACGAACCUUUGACCUGGCCACAUACAAGCCAAUGGGGUUCGAGUCGUCUUUCCUCAAAUUCAUACAGGAGUCCACCCAGGACGAGGACAUUAGGGUGGGCGGGUCGGCUGGUGUGGCAGCCAAACGCAAAGACUCCCACAGGCGCGACUGCUCUGUCAAGGAGAACAGUCAGAAUGGUCUCACUCAUAUUCGUAACAGACGCACUCGCUCGGCACCUCUCAAGCCCUUAACCGUGAAGGGGGACUACACGUCAGUCCAGAACCUGAGAUCCAUCUUAGACAAAGCAUUGACAGGAUGUGGGGACCUGGCCAUUAAGCAGUUGCAGUAUCUCAGGCCAGUGGUGGUCUUGGAAAGGUCCAAGUUCUCCACUUCUCUGUUGGAUAUCUUCCCCACUGACUCAAACGAUCACCUACUUCUCGGAAGUUAGUUCAACUGAACACCUUUUAACAUCUAUAAAGACUUUUUAAUUUUGUCUUCGCAUAAGACUGCGUUUUGUUUACUUUUCUUCUGAAGAAUGUGUUAUAAUGACUGUUUCUUUGAAGUUGCCAAACUGAUCACUUGCGAUCAUAUUAGUAUCAGACCUAUUACCGGUUUAUUACCUGGUAAAAUGGCCUGGAAUAGAUUUUUAACAAGUAUUGUUUCCAUUUCCUCUGUUAGUGAUUAACUUGUAAUAUUGUAUAUAUCUUGUCACAAUACACAUUUUGCAAAUGUUUAAAUAUCAUUUAGAAAAACUGAUGGUGGUGUUUCAACAAAGAUUUUUUUGUCAGAAAAGUGGAUGUACAAUAAUUAAGCACCUCUUAACCCAAACAUAAAGUUGAUGAAUAUGCUGUCUUCAGCUUUGCUUAGUUUCAUCAAUAUUUCAUGUUUUCAAUGAAGUGGAUGUUGGCGGAUAUGUAUGUAUUGCUUUAUAAUAAAAUAAAAAAAUGUUUGAAUAGGCUCUUUCAAAA